AUUAAAAAAAAAAAAAGCAAUAGUUCACAUUAAAUCAAAUUUUAUUUAAUUAAAUAAGAAAAGGGAGAUGAAAAAACUAAAUCCCUAAAUUAAUCUCAAAAAUCCCCUUCUCUCUCCUCUUUCUUCUUCCCAGUCGAUACCCCUCUUUCUUUUCCUCUCUCGCAUUUCAGUCGGCCAGACCAGAUGAGCCAUCUCUGGCCACCACCCAAUGACACGCACCCCACCACGAGCUUCCUUGGCCCCCGAAACCCCCAACCCGUGAAGCUCGCCUCCCCACUCGCCGGCCUCCGUCGCGAUUGGCUCCCCGAAGUUCCUUCGCCGCUGUGAGUUUGGAGGAUUGUUCUGGCCUCCACCGUGGACGAUGAAGGCUCCUACUGGCGACGACGAUGGGGAAGGCGACGGCGAAGGCUCCUGAGCUGGUGAAGUUCUCAGGCGUGGGUGGUGCUGCCAUUCUCUUCAAGGGAAUUGGUACUGCGGUAUCUUUUUUUGUUCAAGCAUGGUGCAUACAACUAAGAGGUCAUGUCUUUGUUGCAAUGUUCAGCCCUCUAUGCACUGUUAUAACAGCCAUUAUAGCCUCUUUGUUUCUACAUGAGAAGUUAUAUGUUGGAAGCUUGGUCGGUGUAAGGAAAUAUAUGUAUAAAUAUUAUAUAUAUGAAUAGAUUUAUAAUGCCUAUAUAUUCUGUUUUGUAAGGUUUCGUAUGAAGUUGUUUGGAGGCUUUGAUGUAUUCCAAUUAUUUGGCUUGGUGUAUUUUGAGAUUUGGGAUUCGUUGGCUUGGUGGAUGUGUGAUUUGGGAUUUAAAUUUUUGCUUGUUUAUCUUAAAAUUUUCUUGUAACUCUAGGAUAUUUUCUGGUUAGUUUCUGAUUUUAUCUUUUGGAUGUUUUUUGUCUUGAGCUGGAAAGUAGUGUAAGGAAACCAGGGCAUAUGGAUCUCUUAAACUAAUGGUUGAUGCUCUUCAAGUGUUUGAGAAAUUGAUGCAAAGAAACUACAGAAUAUGAUUUAAUGAAACUAUGAGUGAUUCUAGUU